AUGGAAUGGAAAAUUUUGCAGCAAAGGGCGAAAACUGACUGGGUCAAAAAAGGAGAUGGAAACAACCAUUACUUUUACGCUGCUAUCAAAAGCAGACAACAUUCCAACUUCCUUGCCAACCUUAGGAACAGUGAUGGCAAGCUGAUAUAUAAAAAAUCAGAAAUUGAGGAGCAAGUGCUUAAUUUCUACAGAAACCUAAUGGGCAAGGAUGUUAGCAGCCUUGACCACAUUGAUGUGGAAGCCAUGAGAAUGGGAAAGCAGCUGAACCUGGACCAAAGGAAUUACCUCAUCAGAAACAUUUCUGAAGCUGACAUCACCAAAGCCCUUAAAGGGAUAGGAGACCUUAAAACCCCAGGGAUGGAUGGGUAUGGUGCUAAAUUCUUCAAAGCCAGUUGA